ACUUCACUUUCGACUGCAUCCGUUUCACGUCGCGACGUUCGCAGCAAACCAUGAACGGGCAACUUUUUUCAAUUAGUUCGACUGAGUUGUAAAUAUUUCCUUCUCUACCUGGUGAAAAACGAUCACAGUAGGCUUGAUUGGUGUUGGUGACCUAUUGUUACCGCAUACUAGAUUGAACAAAAUCAUCGUAAGCGUCGCGAACAAUUUCUCCUGAACAUUUGCACCAAUACAGGCCUACUUAGACGACGCAACCCUUGUACCUCCUCCUGCUGGCACAUGCUGCUUGCUGCAGUAUUUUGAUGUGAUUUUCUGUGUUUCUCAGCUCACACCAACCAAAAACAGGCCGAAUGUUGUAAAGGGGGCCCAUGUCGCGCGAGUUCACAUGCUUGCGGCAAGCCGUUCGUCCACGGUCAGGUUUUCGGUGGUUAUGAAAUAACCCGCAACCAACCAGUUCCAAAAAUCAACAAAGUUUUGGGCGAAAGUUUCGAACGGACCCUCCUCGAGUUGUCCCCUGCUUCUCGACUGCAGUUUAGUUGCUCGGUAUCGUUGCAAGCGGUCAGAUCUCGUCACGUUUAUUCUGUGUAGCCCUGCUCUUGCUCUAGUACUGCAGUCGGUAGUGUGUUCGUGUUCAACGUGGUUACUUGCUGAUAAAAAUACCAUUAUAUCGUCUGCGGACGAAAAAAAAAGAAAAGAAAGCAAUUACGAAUUCUAAACACACCGGUUUGCUACCGAGCUGAACCGUGCCGUUUCGCAUCGUUCGUGUGUUUCCAGGAAGCUCAAUUAGACUGCUGCUAUCUAGCACUAGCCUAGUAGUACAAGUAGGCAGGGCUCCGUCAGUGUGCAUAAUCGAAGUCGGCCGUGUGUGUUCAUCAGUGCUUGCUUGGUGACGACUGGCCGUGUGGUGAUCGAUCGACCGGCUCUCUUUCUAUCUCUCCUCCACGCAGGUCACUUCGACGUCGUCGCAGUAGGCUGUAUCGUUGGGUUUGGCUGGUUGGGUGCCUCGUGUCGUACCUAGUGUUCAAUCACACCUCGCUCUUAUCGGAUCGCGCAAAGGUGCGUUCCGGGAGCGAUUUUAAAAGGAAUCAAAAUUCUGCCAACAAGGAGAAAAAUGGCCAACGCGUACGACAUCUUCAGUGGAGUGUGCGUUUUCGUCGUGUCGGUGCAGUUGCUGCGGAAGGUGUUCCCAUGGAUCUACGAGAAUCUGCUCGGGCCGAAACUGUUCGGUUCCGCGGUGAAGCUGCGCGAGAUGGGAUCCUGGGCAUUGGUCACCGGAGCAACCGAUGGAAUUGGCAAAGCUUACGCUAAAGCGCUCGCCAAGAAGGGCCUCAACGUGGUGCUGGUCAGCCGAACCCUAUCCAAGCUGGAAGAUGUUGCCAAAGAGAUUGAGUCCGAAUCCAAGGUCCAAACCAAGGUCAUCGCUGCUGAUUUCACCGGUGGAGCGGAGAUCUACGAAACGAUCGCCAAGCAAACGACCGGUCUGGAAAUCGGUGUCCUGGUCAACAAUGUCGGCAUGAGCUAUGCCAACCCCGAGCGGUUCCUCGAACUGCCCGAGCAGGAAAAACUAGUUGCCAACCUGAUCACGUGCAACAUCUUCUCGGUGACUCGCAUGUGCAGCCUGUUCUUGCCGGGAAUGGUCGAGCGCCGGAAGGGAGUCGUCAUCAACAUCUCGUCCCUGUCGGCGGUCAUUCCGGCACCGAUGUUGACGGUCUACGCCGCUUCCAAGGCGUUCGUGGACAAGUUCAGCGACGACCUGGCCACCGAGUACGCCAAACACGGCAUUCUGGUUCAGUCGGUCCUGCCCGGCCCGGUUGCCACCAAUAUGUCCAAGAUUCGACGAUCCACGUGGAUGGCCUGCUCGCCGAAAUCGUUCGUGUCCAAUGCUCUGAGCACGUUGGGCAUUGCACGCCACACCACCGGAUACUACCCGCACUCGUUGCUGCAGCUGAGCAUCGACAUGCUGGGAUUCGUCUCGCCGGCUGUUUCGCGUAAGAUCACGCUGAAGACAAUGGAGAAUAUUCGUGCCAGAGCUGUGAAGCGCGCCGUCAGCAAGGGGGAAAGCAGCAAGUAGAUUACGAAUUUGAACGACUCGAUAUUACUUCGGCAGGUAAAGGCGCCAGACGCUUUUAAUGAUUUCUAUUUAGGGUUAUUUUUUUAAGAUUCAACUUGAACUGAAGAAACCUUGUCAACUCCGUAGCUUAUUCAAACACAAUGUUAAUUUAUUGACAACCUUCGUAUCGCUUGGUUGUGUUCAACAGAAUGAAAAUGGAAGAAGGCAUUUGUUAUAAUAGGUACAUGUACAAUAAAUGGCGAUAAGUAGUAAUUUUGUGUUAACCCUCUAAUACCCAAAUUUUUGAUUUUGAUCUAAAUAUCAUUUUUCGUCAUCCAAAAUCGAUUUAAACAUGUUUUGGAAGAUGAUUCUUUUUAAUUCUCAAUUUCGUGAAUUUUAGUUUUUGAUUUUUCUUAUUUUUAUUUUUGAACAUCCCCAAAGUUUUAUAUUUUUCCUGGAAGCCUAUUUGGAAUACGGAUUUUUUGAGAUGAAAACAUUUUGAGAUAUUAUGAUUGUUGUUGAAAUAUUUUUAUUUUAAAUUUUUUUCAUAGAAAAUUUUAUUUUCCGUGUAAUUUUAAGGAAAAUAAUUUUAGAGUGUAUUCGAUUCCCUUAAACUAUAAAACUAGGACAGAAUGAUUUGGGAAAAAUUUAAAAUAUGUUAAUUGCAGUGAUUAAAUGCAAAAUAAACAAUGACUUCUAGAAGGUGACUAGAACAUCAAUUUUUCAAUGAUUUUUCAAAAAUGUAAAUACGCUUUAAAAUACACCAAAAACCAUUUUGAGAUAUACAAAACAGUCCUAGAUAUCAGCCAAAAAUAUAAAAAUUUUGAUUUUCCACGAAACAAAAAUUACAAAAAUGCUCAAACUAUACCCCGUCUAAAGGCGGUAUUGGGUAUUAGAGGGUUAAUGGUAGACAAAGAUGAACAAUACAAAGCGUAGAUUUAAGAUUCAAUUACCUAGAAGAAAUGAUACCAUU